UAGUAUAACUAAGCAAGAAAAAGGUUUAUUAUUGAUCAUUCGAAUUAAACCAUUUAUUUAUUUCCUGUUAUUCUUUUAAUUUAGUCAGAUUUAGUUUACCCCUAACAGCUUAAAGUUGUACCAUGGGACGUUGGGUGAAACCUGAGGUCUUCCCUCUUUUGGCUCCAAUCACAUUUGUGGUUGGCUUGUGUGGUUUCCAACUAGCUCGAAACUUGUUGACCAAUCCUGAAGUCAGGGUGAACAAAGCUCACCGGACGACGGCGGUGCUGGAGAACCAAAAGGAGGGGGAGAAGUACGCAGAGCACAGCUUCCGCCAAUUUCUCCGUACUCGCCGCCCGGAAGUCAUGCCGGCGAUCAACCGUUUCUUCUCCGACAGGCCCUGAACUGCAGAUUACUAUUCGUUCUUGUUUCAUCUCCCAAGCAAAUAUUUUUUUCCUCUUUUUUUUCAAUAAUUGUUUGUAACGGGG